AUGCAUACAUUCAAAUCUUUGGCUGUGCUAGCCAGCCUUCUCCCUCUGGGGUUGGCGCAAGUGGCUCCGGCUGUCUCCCAAUCGACAUCUUUCAACUCCUCCUUUGCUUUAUCAAAGGAGCAAAUCGCCAAACUCAACAUUUCGGAGUCCGUCAUAGAGAGCAUAGAGAAUAUCAUCAACUUCGAUCGCUCACAGUUGGCACACGGAGGUCCAAGCGAGGAUGACUUCUACUCACUCCCCCCAUUGACCAACCAGAGCGGACCUCUUCUUCCCGGGCAGCUUCUUAAGGUCCAACCGUUCACCAAUAUCUCAUCGUUUUCGAUCCCACCCAAUACAGCCUUGUCUCGGAUUGUCUAUACUACUAGGGACUUGAAUGGUACAGUCCUUCCAGCGUCGGCGUUCAUUCUUUGGCCGUUCCGCCCACGCAAGUUUCAAAACAUCGACGAGAAGAAGGCUCCUGUUGUCCUUUGGAACCACGGUACUUCUGGUUUCUUCGCCAGCGCCGCCCCUUCAGCUCACCGAUCGCUUUGGUACGGCAACUCAGCCCCAUUUACCCUUGCUCUCGCAGGCUACGCUGUUGUGGCCCCUGAUUUCGCAGGCCUUGGCAUCUCAAAGUCUUGGGACGGAAGCCGUAUUCCUCAUCAGUGGGAUAUGGCGUCUGUAGGUUCCCUUGAUGGGCUCUAUGGCCUCCGUGCUGCUCUCGAGGCAUUCCCCACUACCCUGAGCACAGAGUUCGUCACUAUCGGCCAUAGCCAGGGUGGAGGUGUCACUUGGGGCGUGGCUGAGGCUCUUGAAAGCCAGCAGGAAGAAUUCUCCGAUCUGCUUGGAGGCUACAAGGGUGCGAUCGCGGUCAGCCCAGUAACUGACGUCUUCUCCGCUUCUCCUCAACUGAUCCUUCCAUGGGUGGGAAUGGCGCUUUACAAGCUCUUCCCCGACUUUACACUCGAUCAAUGGCUCACUCCUCUGGGAGUUCAGCGCACGGAAGUCUUUCAGGAACUUGAAGCAGGUAUUUCCGUGGGUCAACAAUUGUUCUUCACUGGUGAAGACAUCUACAAGACGACAUACAACGAGACAUGGUAUACCCAACAGUUCGCAAAGCUGGCAAAUCCUGGAAGCAAACCCUUCAAGGGACCUCUUUUGGUUAUUCAGGGCACUAAUGAUGUCUAUGUUUCGUACAAUGUGACGGCCAAGACCUCUCAAGACACUUGCCAGAUCUACCCAGACAAUGACUUGGAGUUCUUGACUGUUCAGGGCACUGGGCAUGUGCCUUCCCUUGACGCUACUAGGACGCUGUGGCUGGACUGGAUACACAGCCGCUUUGAAGGCCGUGAGAUAGAAAAGAAGGGAUGUGUCUCUUCAGAGCUGGAGAGUUUCCUGCCAAUUGAUCAAUACCAGUUUGCUGGCAACUCCUUCAUCCAGUGGGCUGGAGCUGAUCAGUACAGUUACGAGACACCACUCGGACCAUAG